AUGGCGUCUUCAGUCAUCACCCUGGGUGAAAUACCUACUCUUUCCUAUCUCUACCGAACUGGAAAGCUCCAUGUCAUCACUACUUCAGUCAGGAAUGGAUCCCACUCGCCCUCGUCAAUUACCUCAUCAUCAGCUGCCAACAGAAGCCCCGUCCAAUCUCUGAAUGACAAAGUAUCCUACCUCAAGGAUGAUAUCACCAAACUGAAUGUCGACGGUAUUGUCAAUGCUGCCAACCGUACCUUAGAAGGUGGCGGUGGUGUAGAUGGUGCAAUUCACCGAGCUGCUGGUGGCACUCAGCUGUUAGAUGCCUGUAGAGAACUGCGUGGCUGUGACACAGGUGAUGCCAAAAUUACUCCAGGCUUCAAUCUACCUGCUCACCGCGUGAUUCAUACGGUCGGCCCAGUCUAUGGAAUUGAAUUUCGACGUGAUCCGUCCCGCCCGGAGCAGCUUCUGCGAUCUUGCUAUCGACGUAGUCUGGAGGUUGCUGCAGAGCGCGGUGUCCGAACUCUCGCUUUUUCGUGUGUCAGCACUGGAAUAUAUGGGUAUCCGAAUGAAGAUGCAGCAUUCAUCGCCGCGGAUGAAGUUCGAAUGUUCCUACUUGCACCUGAGAAUGUAGGCAAGAUCGACCGUGUUAUCUUUUGUCUCUUCCAGCAAGUGGACGUGGAUGCUUAUGUGAAGAUUCUGCCGUGA